GCAUACAAGUACAAUGAGGUUAAAGACCUCAUAGUUAAAGUUGAAAAGAAGCGAAUUAUUGUAUAUAUUUCAGAUUGUACAAUAUCAACAUAUAGAGAUACCUAAUUAAAAUUUAUAAUGACUGAAAAGAAAAAUAAACCAGAGCCAGGAGAUGGAUUACGUUCUCUAAAGAGUACAACAUUAUUUCGUGCAAUUAAUUAUGAACUGUAUGUUAAACCGAAUAAAGUGAUAAUGAUUCUUGGAGCUAUUACAAUGUUUGGUUGUAUAGGAUAUAUCACUUACAUGCGUCAGAAUUAUAAUGAUUCAGAAUAUUAUCAUGCAGUCGCUGCAGAUGAAACAGUUUAUUCAAAAAAGAAAACAUCUAAAUGGAUAACAUAAUUUAAAUUAACAUUAUUAAUU